UCGUGGCACCACGUGCACUCGUCUCAUCCUACAUUUACCCGUUUAUUGUAUAUCUUAUGUACACUUCCGCUUUUGUUCCAAUCGUCUGUACAUACAUACACCUAUGCACAUGUGACCGUUUAUAAUUGAUACCUAUACCUAUAGCAUAUAUACAAUUUACCUACGAGUGAAUUUUCUUCGGGGAUGUACCAAGUGAUUGGUGUUUGUGAUUAAUCAACGAAUGUACUCGCGUUUGCUUCUAACGAACAUCACUGGAGGUGGAUAAUCUGCGGAUCGAGCAACGAGCCACCUCCCGGUUCAGCCCGUUCAGCCAGCCGAGAAUAGGGUUCGCGACAAAAGCAGGGGGCGAAAGGCAGCGAGGUUCGAGGGUUGUUUAAAGGAACGAUGAGCGAAUCGGGACGAGGAGCGAGGAACAAAUCGGCGCGAUAAUAAUAUUAUGUGGACGACGUGGCCACGUACGAAGCGCAAGAGGCGGGAGGCGAGCUCGUCGUCGCGUGGCGGCGGACACGAUACUCGUCGUGGAGGUAGCGGUGGAGGUGGUGAAGGUUUCCGUUUCAUCUAUUCGGUGGUGUUGGCAGCCUGUAUGGCAGCUCAAGAGACGAGAAGCGCGAAAUGUCCGCCGCCAGACACGAUACCCGGUUGUCCUUGCUAUAAUUUCGAGGACGGUCUGUUCUUGGAAUGCGCCGGUGUCACCGAGGAGUCCCUAAGGAGCGCUUUGUCGGGUGUAAUACACGCAGCUGCUGAAGGAGAAGGAGCGAUAGUUCAAUCGUUAAGCGUUUACGAGUUAGACAGAAAGGUGGAGGAGCUUCGAUCGGCUGCUUUUCCAACUGGCUCUCAAAUCAGACACCUACAGAUAUCGCACUCGGCGAUUCGCGAGAUAAGCGAGGAUGCGUUCAACCGAGUGGGGAAAAGUCUGGAAUCGUUGGCCCUGGUUUCAGGCCGACUGCCUCACGUGCCGCAGAAAGCCAUGUCCAGCUUGAAUUCUUUAAAGGCUCUCGACUUGGAGGCGAACCUGGUGCACGAGCUUCCUAGCUACAGUUUCUACGGUCUUUCUUUGAUCAAACUAAACCUGAAAGGGAAUCAGAUAACAAAAAUUUCCGAGUACGCGUUUGCCGGGCUAGAAGACACGCUGACCGACUUGGAUCUGGCUGAGAAUAAAAUCCGCCUAUUCCCUAUGACGUCCCUGCGCAGACUGGAACACCUGACUUCUUUGAGACUUGCCUGGAACGAGGUAUCCGAGCUUCCCGAAGACGGCUAUUCCAGGCUAGACGCGUUAAACUUUCUCGACCUAAGUAGCAACAACUUUAAAAAGAUUCCGCUCAACUGUUUCCGUUGUUGCCCGUCCCUCAAGACCCUGUCCCUCUACUACAACGACGUCGAGUUUGUCGACAAGGACGCGUUCAUAUCGUUAAUCGAUCUCGAGUCGAUCGAUCUUAGCCACAACAAGAUCGUCUCUCUGGACGUGUCAACGUUCAGAGCGAAUCAAAGGGUGAGAUCGAUCGAUCUCAGCCACAAUCACAUUCAUUAUAUACGCGGAGUGUUCUCGAAACUGCCAGAGUUGAAAGAGUUGUUCCUCGCGGAGAACAACAUUCUGGAGAUACCAGGAGAAACGUUUGCCGGUAGUUCGAGCUUAUCGGUGGUCUAUCUUCAACAAAACGCGAUCAGGAGGAUCGACGCGCGAGGUCUAGCUACCCUGAAUCAGCUGGCACAGCUGCAUCUGACCGGUAACUAUAUCGAAAAAGUACCGCGGGAUUUUCUCGAGCACUGCGAAAACCUUUCGACUCUAUCGCUCGACGGAAACAACAUCCGGGAACUGGAGGUGGGCACAUUCGCGAAAGCAAAAUCGCUCAGGGAGCUACGGCUGCAGGACAAUCAGAUAACCGAAGUGAAACGGGGCGUGUUCGCGCCUUUACCCUCGUUGCUGGAAUUGCAUCUGCAGAAUAACGCGAUCACAGACAUGGAAACUGGCGCUUUGAGAUCCCUGCACAGCCUGCAACACGUGAACCUUCAGGGUAAUCUGCUCGCGGUACUGGGCGACGUGUUUCAGGUGUCGAACGAAGUAGGACAAAACGGAAACACCGGCCCAGGUAGCUCCCUGGUUUCUAUUCAACUGGACAAUAACGGUCUUGGUGUGCUGCACAACGACUCGUUGAGAGGGCAAGCCUCGGUCAGAAUCAUGUGGCUUGGACACAACAGAUUAACCCGUCUUCAGGCACCCCUGUUCAGGGACCUGUUACUCGUCGAACGAUUGUAUCUUACCAACAACUCGAUCUCGCGAAUCGAGGACACUGCCUUUCAACCGAUGCAGGCGCUGAAAUUUCUCGAGCUGAGCAUGAAUCGACUGAGCCACGUGACCGUCAGAACGUUCUCAGAGUUGCACGAACUCGAGGAACUUUACCUACAGGACAACGGUUUACGUCGUUUGGAUCCGUACGCUUUAACAGCCCUGAAACGGCUACGAGUACUCGAUCUGGCGAAUAAUCAUUUGAACGUGUUGCACGACAAGAUCUUUCAGGAAGGCUUGCCCAUCAGGACGCUCAAUUUGAAGAAUUGCACCGUCAGCGUGAUCGAGAAUGGAGCGUUCAGGGGUUUGAACAACCUUUACGAAUUAAAUUUGGAGCACAAUCAUUUGAUCGCGACAGCGUUGGAUCGUUUGGAGAUACCAGGCUUGAGAGUUCUCAGAAUAUCGUACAAUAAUUUUAGCCAAAUCGUUCCCACCUCCUUGGACGGACUGCCGUCUCUUCAGCAUCUCGCUAUGGACUCGUCUCAGCUUUAUAGAAUGCCACCGGAAAUAUUUUCGAAAAACAAGAAUCUGGCUAAACUUUUGCUGAGCAACAAUCUUCUUCGAGUGUUGCCGAGCGUUCUGUUCCUCGGAUUGGAGUCGUUGAAAGAAGUGAAACUGGACGGCAACAGGUUUCAAGAGAUCCCUUACGAGGUGUUUGCCAAUGCCACCACCGUUGAAUUCUUGUCGUUAGCUAACAAUGUAAUCCUGAACGUGGACAUGUCACGGUUAAACGGAUUGGCCAGCCUGCGGGAACUCGAUCUACGCGGUAAUUACAUAAUGACCCUUUCCGGUUUCGCCGGUCUGAACCUGUCCCGCCUGAUAUCCGUCGACCUCAGUCACAAUCACCUAACUGCUCUACCGGCUAACUUCUUCGCUCGCUCCAACUUGCUUCGAAAGGUCGAACUGGCUGGCAACAAAUUUCAUCACAUACCGUCGGCCCUCUCCGCUCAGAAUGUUCCGAAUCUGGCCUGGCUAAACAUGACCGGGAAUCCUCUGAUCAGAAUACACGAGAUUAUUAGCUCGAAGCCAAAGUAUCCAGCUCUUCAGGAGAUACACAUAUCCGCUACGAAUCUGACGAUCGUCGCCAGCGACGAUUUCGAGGCAUUUCCAGGACUGAUGCACCUCUUUAUGGGCAACAAUGUCAUCUCGCGAGUAUCUCCGAGCGCGUUUCGUACUUUACUCGAGUUGUUGACCCUCGAUCUGAGCAUGAACGAGCUGGUGCUGUUGCCGCAAGAGAGAUUAAAGGGACUCGAGCAUCUCAGGCUGCUUAAUCUCACCCACAAUCGUUUGAAAGAACUCGAGGAUUUCCCUCCGGAUUUAAAGGCGUUGCAAAUACUCGAUCUAUCGUACAAUCAGAUCAUCAAAGUGGAUAAAAACACGUUUCAACAUCUUGAAAAUUUGGCCGAACUUCAUCUCUAUGGUAACUGGAUUUCCUCCAUCUCAUCCGACGCCUUCAAGCCGUUGAAGAAAUUGAGAAUCCUUGAUUUAAGUAGAAAUUAUUUAGCGAAUCUACCGUUGAACGCUUUCCGACCGUUGGAGACGCAAAUACGGAGCCUUCGUGCCGAAGAAAAUCCACUACACUGCGACUGUGAGUCUCAAGAGCUUUGGGAAUGGCUGCGGGAUCAUCAGAAGCUGGUGGGUGGUGGGGUGGGUCGAAAUCGAGGUGGAUUACGGAUGAACGACAUGGACAGCGGAUUACUGAGGUGCCAACAGCCACCAGAGUUACGAGGGUUGGUGUUCCUCGACCUGGAUCCGCACGCUUUCUGUUCCGCGCCGCUCGUUCUGAAACUAGCGAUCCAGGACAUUCAACCGUUCUCUGUUCUGGUAUCCUGGCAAAGCAGAAAUCACUCGGGUAUCCGUGGUUAUCAGGUGGCUUAUCGCGCCUUAGAAAACAUCGACGAGUUCCAGAUUCGAGCGAAGGUCCUCCAACCUAGUUCGCGUUCCACGAAACUCUCGAACCUGUCCCCGAACACUCGAUACCUGAUCUGCGUAUUUGGAGUAGGCAACUGGUUGAUGAAUCAACGUCUAAACGACGACGACGACGACGACGACGACGACGACGACUACGACACGGUGGAUCAAUUUAAUUUCUCGAAUCACGAAACGUUCGAACCAUCGUCGGAUAUUCAAAUGAUCGACUCUUCGACGAGUCGCUGUACCGAGGUUAAAACGCUGGAGGCACCGGAUGCUGUGAUCAGCAGCGAUGGUUCUUCGAUGGAUGAUGUCGGCAGCGUGAGCAACUUCCUGACCAGACGUUUGGGUCUUAUAGUCGGUUGUUGCAUGGGAUUCGUCGUGUUUCUACUCCUAGUAUCCGUCCUCGGUUACCUCAAGGUGAAGAAACAAAGGGAAACCGUGAAAAGGGAGCAACCUAUUCCCCCGGAGUACAUAUCGUACAGACACUUUAGCAUACAGAGCGGAGAAGCUGGUCACGCUGCCAGACAAGCCAGCCAAGCCAGCCAAGCCAGCCAAGCCAGCCAAGCCAGCCAAGCCAGUCAAGCCAACCAAGCCAGCCAAGAGGGUCAACAUUCGAAUAAUUUUAUCAACAACGUGGCCGCCACCGCUAACCUGAAUGUAUGAGACAAGUCAAAAAACUCCCGACUCGUGGAGGUUUCGAACGUUUGAACAGACCGCGUCGACGACCCUACUCUGGCUCUUUACCACGCUCUCUCGUCAAACGCGAAACAAUCCUGACUCGCGGUAGUUUUUUUCUUGCAAAGAUCGGAAACUCUCCAUUCUGCAUCUAAUAGAAACCAACAAGUUUCAAACAUUUUCUCGCGCGUGUCAGUGCAUAGACAAAUGGACAACCGUCUAGUUAACCGAGCAUUUUAUAUGUGAUUUUCUACGAAUCUUAACUUUACUCGAUGUAGCUUUAGCCGCGGCAAACCGUGUGCGCGCGUGCAAAGUGAAUCAAUCUUUGAAAGAUGAACCGGCAACUCGAUUUACCCUACGUGACACGUCGGGUUCGUUGAACAAUUUAUACGGCGGAGUAAACUACCACAACAAUCAGCAACACGGGCUUGCUGAACGGGUGCAUUGUGUUUUCUAAAUGGCUCGGCACAACCGAUUCCCUCUGACGACGAAACAGAGACAAUGCGACAAUGCGGCGUUGUUUCGAGCAUUUCGAGCUUCUUGAAUUUCCGAUCGCAACGGGGUUUGCUUGGACACUUUGCAUCGAGCCCGAGCCCCGUCAGAACGAUCGCGAACGUGUUUGUACAUACAUAAGUGGUUAGGAAGAAAGAUUUCAAUCGUUCGACGAACAUUCAAAGACCUCUUCGUUUAGUAAACGUAGCUCAGUUAGGAUCAGAAGCAUUGAUUCCGCUUGCUCUCUCGAGUGUAGAAACACUUUUGGCCGAAAAAAGUAAGAGAAGAGAAGAGAAGAGAAGAAAAGAAAAGAGAAAAGAGAAAAAAGCAAACAUUUCGUGUUCGGGCAUCGUUGAUAAUUUAUAUACAUUUAAUUGGCGAUUCGUUGAAACGAACAAUUGAUGAGAUAUUUGUUGUACCAUAGGUUAACCACAGAUGUUAUCGGAGAUACCUACAUUGGAAAUUUAGAUCCCGCCAUUGCGUAAAUGUCCAGCGAAUUGCUAAAGAGAAAGGUGAUAAAAAGAAAACCGAUCUCGGUCGCCAUACAUCAGAAUACAAUCGGUCGAAUUAUAAAAAAUGUGUAUCGUCGGCGUUCGAUUGCAUCGCGAAGAAAAACAUCUCAUCGUCAGUCAGUCAGUCAGUCAGUCAGUCAGUCAGUCAGUCAGUCAGUUAGAUGUAUAUCGCGCACUGUCUACUGUAACAUAUACGUACGUACGUCACUGUAAUAAAAGUGCAAAUUCUUUUUUAA